AUGCCUUCAGCAGAUCCAAUUCCCGUCUCCGCCAUGCCUCUCGUCUCUCCCAGCGCGCUCCUUCACGCCCAUCUCAAACAAACCCCUCCACGCCGACCUUCAAACCGCAUUCCCUCCGAGCCGCGAGCAAUCCAGCUGAACGUAGGCUCAUUGACGCACUGUAACGGCUCAUCGCUGGUGAAAGUCGGUGCCACCACCAUUGUCUGCGGCGUUCGCGCGGAGAUUCUUCCCGUCAACGAGAUUUUCAGCUUUAGGGUCACGAAAUCUUCGGAUCGAAACCGAAGAAAACCUGUGCAGCGGAAAGAUGGCGGCGAGAGUAGUGACGACGAAGAAGGGUACUCUCCGAUCCAACUCUACAAUCUACUCGUCCCAAACAUUGAGCUCGCGACUGGCUGCUCGCCCAAGCAUCCCGCAGGAACAGCGCCUUCAGUCGAGGCUCAGUCAAUAUCCCAGCGCCUACUGUCGCUACUUCACACAUCACAGCUGGUCAAGACUUCAGACCUCGAAAUAAUCUAUACACCACCUGAAGAAUCACAAGACCUUGAGCUGGGCAUCAAUGCAGAUCCGGAGCUCAAAGCAUACUGGACAUUGUACAUCGACAUGAUGUGCAUCAGUCACGGAGGAUCGAUCUUCGACGCUGCAUGGCUUGCUCUCGUUGCUGCACUGAAGGACUGUCUGAUUCCACAAGCUUGGUGGGAUAUCGAUUCAGAACAGGUUCUUUGCUCUGCAGCUGUCGAACAGGCGAGGAAACUGGAGCUGCGAGGGAUGCCAGUGUCUAGCAGCUGGGGCGUCUUUGUGCCUGAAGAGAGAUUAUUGGACAUGCAGGAUGAGCAACCAGACCAGUACUGGAUCCUCAUGGACACCGACGCAUUUGAGGAAGAAACUUGCGAGGAGAGCGGAUGCAUCACGGUAGAUUGCAGCAACAAUUCAGACUCGAUCCUCAGAAUCGAGAAAAGCGGCGGCGCUGUUAUUGAGAUCGAACAGCUUGAGCAGAUCGCUGGAUUCGCGAAACGACGGUGGCAGCAGUGGAGAGAUGUGCUGCAAACAGCCUCAGGCCCUUGA